AGCAUUUUUGUGGAAUCCAUCCACCCACCACUACUUGCAGCGGGAGGAAGUUUUACUUAGCGCUAGGUUGCAGGAUUGAAGAAAGGCGGACGGAGAAAUAAAUAUCAUGCAUUUUUAAUUGGGUGAUAGGGGAUGCGUUAGUCUACGGAGAAUGCCCCGCCUGGGGAAAUGACGUGACAUCUAAUUGGACCGACCUUAAUUUGAGCAGGGAGCACCUCAGCAUGAAAGAUAACAGCAAGUACGGACAACUAAGAUCGGUAUUCGGGAGAGUCUCUCUGUCACCCAUGUCCGUCCCCAGGGAUGAAAGAAGCGUUUAAGUUCAUCCAAGAGUUCCACUGCAGCUGGUGAGAGCUUAUUUUUUGACAGCAUUGAGCGAAUACACGGGGUAGGAAUUGUCCAUUUCCUCUGUCUUCGACUAGGCAUGUUCACAGCGACUAUAUGUGGGGCCAUCGAGGAUCAUGUAUAAUGGUCCAUCAUGCAAGGCAUUGUAGCCAGACCAGUAUCAGAGAUUCGACUUCGGCAUCUCAUUUUCUUUGCUUGCUUCAUUCAUUAUGUAGGCAACUUUGCACUAAUAACAUAAUAGAAACUCUUCCAUCUGUCACGUCAUCGAACGCACAGGACUGUACCGGCAAACGGCCAUGUUUGCAUUGCCUGUGAUGAAAUAAUUAUCCUUUGUAUUGCUUCGCGUCGUUGGAACAUAAAAGAAUCGCGACGCAACUGAGACGCUGUCUCGUUUAACCUUUAACUUGAUGACUGUCUAGAAAACAAAUGAGCUUCAGUUAAGUUUUUCCGGAUGAAUAUUCUCUAUGUCCAUUGAAUUAUAUAACUCGGUUAAUAAUGAAUGGAUUUGUAUUUCAAUACUUUUAAUUCUGAUUGUUUGUUGAUAUAGCAAACAAACAAGCGUUAGUUUGGCCGGGGUUCUACCGUGAACCAACAACAUCACUCGCUCCGCAAAAGUUACUUCUCGACUCAAUCCACACAAUUUUGAUACAACUAAAGCAAUUUUUAUCUGUACAUAUACCUUCAUAGGCUUUCAUUAAUUUCUAGUUUCUAUUUCCCAUUCUCCAAAUAUGGAUACCCUCUCUUCCCGAUGCCUUCAAAACAUCUCAUCAGAAGAAAUCCGAAAUUUCAUGGGUACAGUGUUUGGUAAUCCGUGGUCAGAAGAGAAUCCAGAUGGUAUUUUCCCUAUGGGAAUUGCGGAGAAUAGACUUAUGUAUGUCUGUUCUCGAGCUGGGAAGUUGUGUUUCGUCUUGGUGGUAGGAUUACUGAAGUAAUUUUUUAGGCAUCAUGAAAUUGCAGAAUAUAUCAACAAGAAUUUUAGGAUAACUCCAAAAAGUAUUUUAUCCCACGUCUUCCAUCUUACUUCAAAAUAAGAAAAAUAGUAACAAAAUUCAGUGCUCACAUACGGAGAUGGUCCAACUGGUUCUUUCGAAUUACGGGCUGCUCUCGCCGGAUUCUGGAACUCAAAUUUCUCUCCCAAAAAAUCUGUAUCUAGAGACCAUGUGACGGUUAUGGGAGGGGGUUCUUCAAUUCUUGAUGCAUUAAGUUAUUGUAUCGCAGAAGAAGAUGAAGGAAUCUUAGUUGCUCAACCAUUUUACGUUGGAUUUGUAGGGGAUUUCGAGGAUCGUGCAAGGUAUGUAUUUGACGUCUACUAGUUCUUCUAUGCUAAUCACGAAACAAAGGGUCAAAGUAGUCCCUGUAUCAAUUGGCUCACUCGAAAAUGUAACUACUAUCACCGGUGUCCAUAAACACGAAGAAGCACUUCUUGCCGCUCGACAAACGGGUAUCAAGAUUAAAGCACUUCUACUUUGUAACCCACAUAAUCCUCUUGGAAGAUGUUAUGCACCAGAAGUCUUGGAAGCAUACCUUUGUCUAUGUUCAAAAUACAAUAUUCAUCUCAUCAGUGAUGAAAUAUAUGCCCAAGCUGUUUUUCCAAAUCAAGAUAUACCAAAUCCAAUGUCUUUUACCUCGAUACUUUCAUUAGAUAUCGAAAAGUUUUGUGAUCCGGCUUUGGUUUGUGUGGUUUAUGGUAUGAGCAAGGUAAGUUUUUUUCUUAAUUCUUUCAGAAUCACUUACCAUACAUAGUGUAAGAAAAUCAAAUACUCAGGAUUUUCCUAGGAUUUUUGCUCCAAUGGUCUACGUAUCGGAUGUAUCAUCUCACAACAUAAUCCCAUCCUUCAUCGAACUGUAGGAGCAAUAACAAAAUUCGCAUGGGCAUCUUCACUGUCGGAUCAUGUAUGGACAUUAAUGCUAAAUGAUCAAAAAUUCCUCGAUUAUUAUUUCUCAACUCUUAGUCAAAGAAUGACUACUGCAUAUGAAAUUUGUACACAGCAACUGAAAGAAUUUGAAAUUUCUUAUAUUCCUGCGUAAGAAUGAUUCCUAUUUGUCUAUUGUCUCCGUAAGAGACAAACUAAUAUAAUACAGCUCCUGUGGUCCUUUCAUCUGGAUAGAUCUCCGUUCAUAUCUUACAUCUCCAACUAUCGAAGCAGAACGAAUUCUCUCAUGGAAGAUGUUGAAAUUUGGAAUCUGGUUAGCUACAGGUGAAGCUUUUGCAUCAGAAGAACCUGGCUGGUAUCGUAUUACUUUUGCUAUGAGUGAGGAAAAUUUGAGAUUUGGUAUGAAUAGGUGAGUGUUUUUCCCUGGAUGUAGAUGCUACAUGAGAAGGUUAGCAGUUGGAAUUCCAGGCUGAUUUGAUACUAAAACUUUAACCCUUAGAUUAUGGAAAGUUUUAGGAACAGUGGGAGAAGAAAAUAGACAACUAUCAGUAGGAGUCUAGGAUCUGAUAUCGCACCACGGAAGUUGGUAGAUUAAUGUGUAGAGAAACACUAGAAACCUCUAGGAUAGUACAAUUCUCUCCAUUAAUUGUAACGGAAACUAUAACAAUAUCAACAAGCCUUUGUCAAUAAUAUCAAUCCUCCCCGCUCAAUUUCAGUAUUAGUUGUUGUGGCAGGGAUUAACGUCUAUUGGGAUCUAUUCGAUGAUAAUAUCGAGCAUCGAUAUAAUAUUGUUUGCUGUAAGAGUUAAAUACAAUAGCUAAUUUAAAAAGCGGAGAUAAAUCCUGCUUGCGGGAUUUAAAUUAAAAGCCUACCGACAAUGGUAUCAAGAGGGAGAGCCAA